CCCGCGAUCCCCUGCCGUCUCCCUCCGCCUCAAUUGACCUCCUCCUCGACGACUGACCUGCAAUAUUGGCAACAAUGGCUGCCCAUCAGCUGGUCGCCACCUUGAUCUUCCGUCUGCUGCUGCCUCUCGUCCUGGGAAUAUGUGCUGCCCUUCGCUUCAGCCUCAUGUCCCUGGCCUACCUGCUGUUGGUGCUGGCCAUUCCGCUGCUCCCCGCGCCCACCAUACACACCAUGAGAGGUCACACCGGGCGCUACCUGAAAGCAGUGGCGGGGAUAAGCGUGGUCAACUUCCUUCUGCAGUUCACCUUCCAGAUCGUCCUGCUGAGCCUGCCUCCCUACGCCUAUUUCUUGGAGGAAUGCAGUUUCCUGGAGGAGCUCAUGCGGCACCUGGGCUUCGUGCGUCUCGACGGCAUCAGCGAAGUGGACGGCACGAGGUGGCUCCUCCCCGAGUGCAUCCUGCUGGUCUUCUCCCCCACCGUGUACUUCGCCUGCCUCAAGCUCACCGCCCACGCGAGCCCGGAUUUCCACCUGCCCGCCCACAACGCGUCCAACACCCAGAAGAACUUGGGGCUGCGGAUCCUCAAUGCUGUGGGGGCGGGGGUGAUGGUGCCAUCUGUUACCAGCUCCGUCUACUUUAUAGUGUUUAUGGCGAGCGCUACCUACUGGAGCUUAAACAACUCCCUUGGACGUCGGUUCGGGUACGUGUGUCGAGGAGUGAUGGUGUACUCCGGGGUGCACGUGGUGUUCCUGUACAUCUACCAGGCGCAGUGGAUACAAGAGCACAUACCCCCGGAUUCUCUGGGUGCCAGGGUCACGGGGCUCACGGCGGUGGUACAGACGAACUGCACUGACCCGCGCUCGGCCCAGGUCACGACGGACGAGUGGUCAAAGUUCGUGAACCCGAUCCUGCUUCUGCUCAUGUACUUCGUGCUCGCCUUCGAGUCCCAGUUCCUGCUCUCGAACAAGGAGAAGACCGAUAAGGUGGACUACCUCGCCCCUUACACUCCACACCACGACGGAGGCGCUGUAGGUGGAGCUCCGGACGACCUGGGGAGCGGAGGAGGAGGCGAUGGAAGAGACAGAGAAGGAGGAGGAGGAGGAGGAGGACCAGGAGGAGGAGAAGGAGGAGGCGAGGAAGAAAACUCCCUCCAGAGGCUGAUCGCUCCUUUAGUCAGUGUGUUCCAGCUGGUGAUCAGGUCCUCCUACAUCGCCACGAAUAUUGUCAUGAUGGCGUGGAGCAUCACAUACCACAGCUGGCUGACCUUCGUGCUGCUGCUGUGGGCGUGUGUGCUGUGGAUGAUCCCCAACCAGCGGGCGGCGAUGCUGAGGUGCUCGCCCUUCCUCGUCGUGUAUGCUGAGCUGCUGUUGCUCCUGCAGUACAUCUAUUGCAUGGACCUCACGGACUCCGAGCUUCCGAGUGAGAUGGAGACCGUGAACCUCAGUCAGAUCGGACUCGUCAAGGUCCCUUACCUGGCCUGCAAGCCUCUCCUGGUCAAGGUCCUGUACACUUGCAUGUUUUGGAUCACCCUUCGCCAAUAUGUCCAAGAGGUCAUCGAGUCCACGAAGAGGGAGAUGUCGACGGCCGCGGCGCUGCAACCCUUCACCGUGGCUGUUAGUACGACCAACACGGGGCAGCCGGUAACUACUCUCAUCACGUCGUCACAGGACGAGCCAACGACCUCCCCCGUGAUGGAGCGUCUCGGCCAGUGGCUCCGGGGCCUCCUGGUCAAGUUCUGGAUCUGGGUCGUGGCCAUCAUGCUCUUCGUCUUCGGGAUCCAGGGCUCGCAGGUCGUCAUCUUCAGGAUCAUGUACAUGGUGCUGUUCCUCAUCUUCACGAUCACGUUCCAGCUCUCGUACUCAGCCUGGCGCAACUUCCUCUACGGAUUCUGGCUGACGGUGAUCAUAUACCAGAUGUUCGUCUUGGUGCUCACCUACACGUACCAGUUCGACAACUUCCCGACCUACUGGGAGAACUACACCGGCAUCCCCAAACAGCUGCAGAAUGACAUGGGGUUGGAGGUGUACGACACAGGCCGUCUGUUCAUCAAACUCAUGACACCCACUUUCUUCGUCAUCGUCACCAUCAUCCAAGUGCAUUAUUUCCACAAAGAUUUCCUCGCCCUUUCGGAUAUUGAAAAGAUCCCCGACCAACCCGCGCCGAAGGACACACAGAAGACGGACGCCAAAGUCCCCAUGCCCAACCGACCUGACCUCCUGGAGUCAUGCACGCUGGACGAUGUCAAAGCUCUGGUCGAGUACUACGGGUCUGAUAGGUCCUCGCCCGCAUCCAGACGACCCUGGCGGACGCGAUGGAGCUCGGCUGGAGGUUCCUCGAUUUAUGAAUCAAUCUUAAUAUACAACCUCCUUUACAACAACCAGAAUUCACAUGACCCAUACCCACGUGGAAGGGUGUGCGCUCUCCACUGGGCCUUCGCGGUGUUGGCAACAGUGGCGGUGCCCUGUCCGGAGAGGAUCCAAACCUACAUCUGCAGGACGUGUGUGGCCCUCUCCUCCCUCCUCCUCAUCGUCAGGAUGAUCUAUCAGAUCAAUUAUAUCGAUCCUGAAGGGUGGGCGGCGAACUGCACGGACUACGAGAACUCGACGUGGCCCAAGGCGAACGAGACCGCCAACAACGCCGUCUGGCUCGGGCUCUCCAAGGUGCCCAGCUUGCCCAAGUACCUCAAGGGAUAUAUUGGUAUCAUCGUCGUCAUCACAGUCCAGGCAGUGGUGCGCAUCAGGCAGCAGUACCAACGGCAGCUGACAGGGUUGCCGCCGCCACCCCCUGGCGUCUUGUUCCCCAACGUGACGCGGGCGGUGGCUGACGAUGGCAUCCCCGAGUGCGCUAAGUUCCUGCUAAAUUAUGGGUUUUAUAAGUUCGGCGUUGAGAUAUGCCUCAUGAGCCUCGUCGGGGUCAUUGGCACUCGCCUGGACGUGUACUCGCUCUUCUACGCCGGCUGGCUCUGCUACUUCUUCAACAGGCAGAGGAAGGACAUCGCCCGAGUGUGGAAGGGCUUCGUGAUCUCUAUUACCGUGCUUAUUCCCCUGCAGUAUCUGAUGUGCGUUGGCAUCCCCCCCGCGCUGUGCAUCGACUACCCUUGGUUCGAAGUCAUGGACCCCGAGCUGAGAGAGUGGCUUUUCUUCCCAGAUUUCGUCAAGCCUCCGGAGUCUUAUAAGAUUGUCACUGACUUCUGCCUGCUGGUGUUCGCCGUGUGCCAGCAGCGCGUCUUCGAGAUCGAGUUCGGACCCGGCGCCGAGGAGUACGAGGGAGGCAGCAACAAGGAGAUCGUCUAUGAGGACCCCGCCACGCUCGUCAACCCUAUUCCCGACUUCGUUACGUAUACGAGGAACUACCUGGACAUGGUGAAGGUGGUCGUGUUCUUCACCUCGUACUGGAUCACCCUGGCCGUGAUGUUCCUCGGGGGUACGAACCGCGUGACCCUCGUGGCUCUGGGCUACGUGCUCGGGGCCUUCGUCUUCCUGUGGCUCGGGAACGAGUUCUACCUCAGGCCUCUGUCGACGAUUCUUAGGCUCUGGAACUACCUCCUGGGCUACAACGUCAGCGUGAUCGUCGUCAAGACCUUUCUGCAACUGCUCGGCUGCGUCUUCUUGUCCCCGCUGGCCAUCAACGCGUGCUGGUUCGUGCAGCUCCUGGGGAUCGCCUGCGUGAAGAAAUUCGGCGACAAUUCCGACGACAGAAUUGUGGAAGAUCUGACCAUUUCUUCAUCCUCCCUCUCUCCCCCUCCUUUAGACCUGAAGAAGUUCUGCGCCGUGCCCAAGUCCGAGGCGGGGCUCAUGUGGGAUGGGAUCUGCUUCGGCUUCCUCCUCAUGCAGCGCCGCCUCUUCUCCUCCUUCUAUUUUCAGCAUCUUGUCACCGAGAUGAAGGCGCAGACCAAGCUGGCCUCCAGAGGAGCCGAGCUGAUCGCCGAGCUGAUGCAGAAGGAGAUCGCCGAGCGGCAGGCGGCGGAGGCGGAGGUGCUCAACAAGAUCAAGGAGAAGAUGGACCGCAUCAAGGCCACGCAGCAGCUGGUGGUGCAGGCGAGCCAGAGCCGGGAGCCCAACAGCCACUACGAAGCCAUUCGCUCAGGGGAUUACUACAUGUUUGAAGACUACGGGGACUACGCAGGCCUCGCCCCCUUGGAGAUCCCCGAGGAACCCCCCCAGGGAGACACCAUCCAGGGCAUGACAGUGUCUGAACUGUUGAGUUCGGCUUUGAAGACUGACAUCGUCGAGGCGGCCGAGGAAGCCCGAGCUGCUCGCUUGUCCGAAUCCGAUGCCGCCUCUCGCCGCUCCUCGUUCAUCCGGAGGCCGGUUCACAGAACGCUUUCUGGCCGGUCGCAGGUUUCUAUGGCCUCCCGGACCUCUCGAACCUCCCGCACGACCUCCAGAAGCGUGAGGAUCCACCCGCGACCUCGCUCGCCCCCCGGCCGUCCCCCACUCCCCCCUCCCCUGCUCGCUCCCCCGCCGCAGAGGUACGCUUAUGAACAUAUGCUUCCAACUGCAGAUAUGCUUGCAGAUAUAACUCAUCUAUCAUGUGGCCCCCCUCCUCCGGAAGAUCGUGCACUGGCCAAGUUCGCCUGGGAGUUCCUCGAGAGCCUCAUGAUCUCGGCGACCCAGCAGCUGAACCGCCUCUCCAAGGACUACCGCUACGUGGCGAGCUGCCUGGCGGAGGAGAAGAAGAGGCUCAAGGAAACGGAAGGCUUCUGCGUGAUGCCGGGAGUCAGCCGCUCACCCUCGCCACCACCCAGGAAUGGACGGAGGUGCCUCUCAACCAGCACAGGUACGGCGGGCAGGAGCCUCUGGAGAUUCGAGUGGAGAAGGCCAGCGAGGACAAGACAGACGACAGUAUUCAUCGUGGACUUCGUUGACUUGCCCGAAGGAGCCGAGAAGGAGUUCAAGAAGGAACAGCCGCCCAUUGUCAAGCUUAUGGUCGCCUGCUGGUACGCCAUGCUCUCCCGCUCUGAACUCGUGUCGUACAUCAUGAUCUUCGUCAACCAGAUCAAGUCCGCCAGCCUCCUGUCUCUGCCGCUGCCGUUCAUGGUCUUCCUGUGGGGCUCCCUCAGCGUCCCGAGGCCCUCCAAGACCUUCUGGAUCACCGUCAUCGCCUACACGGAGGUAAUUGUGGUGGUGAAGUACCUGUUCCAGUUCGACUUCUUCCCGUGGAACCAGGUGGCGCGCCUCAAGGCCCCCUUCUGGCCCCCGAGGAUCAUCGGCGUCGAGAAGAAGGACCGCUAUGCCGUGUACGACCUGGCGCUGCUUCUGGUCGUCUUCUUCCACAGGUUCAUGCUGAAGAGCCUGGGCCUGUGGAAGGAGUCCUCGGACACGACGCCCACCGCCAGCGCGCACUCGUCGCCGUCGCGCAGCUCCUCGCAGUCCUCCUUCACGCAGUCCCGCACGUCCUCGUCCGUGCAGCCCAUCCCUUGCAGGAAGCCCACGGAAUCGUCUGCCUCAUGGACCACGUGCAAGGAGGACAGCUCCAACUCGCAGUCCCACUCCGGCGACGGCUCCACGCUCUCCUACACCAAGGACACGUCGCUGCUCUCCAAAGACACGAGGGAGAGCUCCCUGACGUCCAAGGACACGAAGGACAGCUCGCUGAACCUGAAGGAAUUGAAGGACGGCUCCCUGUCGUCCAACGUGAGGGACAGCUCCCUGCAGUCGAGCACGAGGGACACGUCGCUGCCGUCGCACACCCGGGAGAGCUCGCUGCCAACCACCACCAAGGAGAGCUCCCUCACCCUGAUGGAGCACGAGGAGGAGGAGGAGGAAAACUCGCUCCUGCUCAACGCCAACGACGACUCGCUCCUGUCCCGCGCCUCCGAGCCCCUGCCGGCGUCGUCGCCCCCGAGGCACUACCGCCAGCUGUCGGAGGACGGGCGCGCAGUGCAGACGCGCUUCGACCUGGACAUGCCCCGGGCGGGCGCGCGCCACCGCUCGGGCAGCGAGGUCGUGGCCUACCGCCGGACGUGGUCGCCCAGCCAGUCAUACGGGCGGCACCCCUCCGUCUGCUCGCAGCCGCCCGGGAGCCUCAACCUGAGGGCCUCGUCCCUGGCGGCGAGGAGGGCGCACCGAAGGCACCUCUCGGAGGGCUCUCGCGUGUCUUUCAACGAGCGGCCGCUCUCCACGUCGUCGCACUGCACGCACCUCUCGCAGUCUCAGUCUCGGAAUCCGUCCAGUAACUUUGCGCGGCGUGCAACCUGCAGGCGCGCUCAAGACUUCCAGAAACCGGACCGGACUUCGAGGAGGUCAAGGAGAACAUUCAGCAGCUCCCCAAGUUGGCCAAAGGAGGGGCGGACCACGUCGUUGGGAAAGUCCGCGCCUUCAUCACGGCCCCCUCCUUCCGAGUACCAGGUCUCCGUCGACGUCUACGCCUACAUGUUCUUCUGCGACUUCUUCAACUUCUUCGUCCUCAUCUUCGGCUUUUCGGCUUUUGGUACCCAGCAGGGCGACGGGGGCGUGAGUGCCUACCUCGAGGACAACCGAGUGCCAGUGCCAUUCCUCGUGAUGCUCAUCCUCCAGUUCGGCCUCAUCAUCGUCGACAGGGCGCUGUUUCUCAGGAAGUUCAUCCUCGGCAAGCUGAUCUUCCAGGUCGCCCUCACCUUCGGCAUUCAUAUAUGGAUGUUCUUCAUCUUACCGGCCGUCACGGAGAGGGAGUUCAACGACAAGCACCCCCCGCAGAUCUGGUACAUGGUCAAAUGCCUGAACCUGCUGCUCUCCGCGUACCAGAUCCGCUGCGGGUACCCGACCAGGAUCCUUGGCAACUUCCUCUGCAAACAGUACAACUACGUCAACCUCUUCGCCUUUCGGAU